CUCCUUGAUAUAGUGAAACUGACUCUCUCUCGCCCGUGGACGUAGCUAACACACAUCGUGUUAGUGAACCACGUAAAUCGUGUGUCGUGUUUUUCGAUUCUCGCUUUCGUAUUCUUGAUUUGUCGAUUCUUGCGAUUUCCCGAUCCGCAGCAGCGCGUUUAUAACACUUUUUAAUGCCGUAAUCAUGCUCCAAAUCUUACAAGAGCAAGGUCAACCAUUUGAUCUACUGUAGAAGGACGAUUAACCUUUUUUUUAUGUGUUUAAUCUGAAUUCUGUAGAGCUCAAAUGACAAAUGCAACCUUAUAAGAUCGCUGAGUUCUUCAAUUGCAACAGGGGAAAGAAACCGAUUAGUAGCUUUUCCCCCUUCCUGAUGUGGGAACAGAGUUCGUCGCAAGAUCACUUAAAUGCAGAAGAGGUUAAAUUUGCUCCGGUAUGCGGCGAACAAACCAGAACACAGAGUUUGCCUUUUGUUUUCCUUUUGACUGUUGUGUCAAAUGGAUUAACAGAGAAGCAACGAAAAGGGAUAGGGACGAGAGAGACAGAGAGGGAGUCUAUUAGACGAUGGAUGGACGAAACAAAGGAGAAAAAAACAGUCCAUUUGGAAGGCUAGUUCUUCUACGUGGCGAGCAGCAUGCAUAAGAAUCCAACAGCUGUCCACCAUGGCUCCAAACCGUCUCUUCCCAAUCAUCAUCUAUAACACUUCCACUUCUCAUCCAUGCAACCACCCUCUUUCUCUCUCUUCCGCCUCCUGAUCCGCUGCUUCCAUUCCUCUACCUCUAUUAAUCCAUCCAAUUCUCACCAUUCUUAGUUGGUUGAUGCUUGAAACCCAUUUGACUGCUUAAUUUUGGGGGGGAAAUCAGAGAUCAUGCCUCGAAGAUACGCGUUCGGGAGGGCGGACGAGGCCACCCAUCCUGAUUCAAUGAGAGCCACUCUGGCCGAACUUGUCUCCACUUUCAUCUUUGUGUUUGCAGGGGAAGGCUCUGUUCUUGCUCUGGACAAGCUGUACAAGGAAACAGGGCCCCCGGCUUCCGGCCUGGUGAUGAUCGCCCUGGCGCAUGCGCUGGCACUGUUCGCCGCGGUGGCAGCUAGCAUCAACGUCUCCGGUGGACACGUCAAUCCAGCUGUCACCUUUGCUGCCCUUGUUGGGGGGAGGAUCUCGGUUGUUCGAGCAAUCUAUUAUUGGAUUGCGCAGAUCCUCGGCUCCAUCAUCGCCUCUCUCUUGCUCCGUCUCGUCACAAAUGGCAUGAGGCCGGUUGGGUUCUAUGUGACAUCCGGGGUGGGCGAGGGGAACGGGCUGAUACUGGAGAUUGUGCUGACAUUCGGGCUGGUGUACGUGGUCUACGCCACGGCCAUCGAUCCCAAGAGAGGGAGUUUGGGGAUCAUGGCGCCACUAGCGAUUGGGCUCAUAGUCGGGGCGAACAUCUUGGUUGGUGGCCCGUUCGAUGGCGCGGCAAUGAAUCCGGCGAGGGCGUUCGGGCCGUCGUUGGUGGGAUGGAGAUGGAAGAACCAUUGGAUCUACUGGCUGGGUCCUUUCCUCGGUGGAGGAUUGGCGGCGAUCAUCUACGAGUACAUGAUCAUCCCCACCGAGCCGCCGCUUCAUACCCAUCAUCAGCCUUUGGCUCCUGAAGACUACUAAGCUUACUGCCAUUGCUGAGUGGAUCUCAAAGAGUUGUAAAGCAGCACGCUUAUCUGCACCUUGUGUUUGUUUUUGUCUCUCUUUUCACUGGGGACUGAAGACUUUGUUUUUUUUAAGUGUUUUGUUCAUUGUCAUUGUCAUGCGUCUUUGUUGAACCCUUCAUAGUUUCCUGUGAUGGAAAUAAAAUUUGUGUCAUCUUUGUUCCCCUUUAUAGAAGCGAAUGAGUUAUAUAAGACUUACAAGAAUAGGCAUGGCGUUUUUGGGCACCAUAGCAAACACUAAUCUAGAAACCAAACCAGGUGGUGACAGCUUGACAGGAAGUCUCCAUAGUCACACUCAGUAAAGGAAAUCUUCGUGCUCCCGGGAGAAAUACAAGGAGUUAGUUUAACUAUAUCUUGCAUCGUAGGCACAGGCAAUUUGCAUAUUGAGAAGUCCCAGAGAAGUAGUUUUACCAUUGAGUUUUAUUAUACCUUGCAUCACAAGCAACUUGCAGAUUUAGGAGCUAGUACAAAAGUCAUGCAUUAUCGAAAGUUCAAUAGGCUAGGGUUAGGUGAAUCAUCCUCACAAAGAUGGAAAUUCAACUAGCUACUAGAUCGAUUGUGUGCACAAGGAUGGAAAAUCAACUAGCUACUAGAUCGAUUGUGCGCUUGAAGGGUAUAGUAGAAAGACUUGCUAGUUAAGGUAGAUUGUGUGCUUGAAGGGUAUAGUAGAAGACUUGCUAGUUAAGGUAGAUAAAUUCAUAUAUGCCAUUGAUUUCAUCAUCUUAGAUGUUAAAUAGGAUAUAGAAGUUCUUCUUGCUCUAGGAAGAUCAUUUCUUGCUAUCGCUAAGGCAAUUAUGAAUGUACAUAAGACUACCCACGGUGUGGGUGGGACAGAAGGAAAAAGAUUACAUUUUGGCUCACAAUGGGAAAGGAAAAAAAGAAAAAAGAGGGUGGGCACCGUCGGAUCGUGCGACUGGCCAAUCUCACUCGCCCCUUCCCCUUUUUUCUCCUCCUUUUGCCUUCUUCCUGAGGGUGGGACGAAUACGGCCCACCGUCGAGCAGUGCGGGUUCAAAGUUAUAUAAUUUUUUCGUUUUUUUUCCUUUAAUUGUUUUUUAGGGUUAUUUGUUUUGCAGCCUCAUCAAACUAGUACAGUGCCGCCCUACCGGUUUGGUACCUUGUCAUGUGGUCACCAAUUAAGUCCAUAAUGACAACUUGAUCUCCAUAAAAAAUUUAGGCUAAUCAAGUUGUUACCUUGCCGCCCUACCGGCUUGCUACCGGGGCAUUCUUGCAACCAAGCCCGUCUUGUCGGCUUCAUACUCUAUCAGCUACCAACCUUGUCACCUUUGUCUCAUCGGGUUGGUACCUUGUUGUGGCCACCAAAGUCCAUCUUGCCGGCUUGAUCUCCAUGCUUUUUUAAGUCUCAUGGUAUUGUUCAAUCCUGUCGGGUUGGUACCUUGUCAGCUUGUUUGAUACCCUAUUACCUUGUCGACUUAGUAUCCUGCUAGCUUGCCACCAAACCCGUCUUGUCGGCUUGUUGACAAGUCUGUCUUGUCUGGCUGGUACCUUGCCUAACAAGUCUCCACCUAUAGGGUUCGAUACCAUGCCCGCUAGACACCAAGCCUAUCUUUUCUACUUGUUCUUCCUACUUAGUUUUGGAGCCUCAUCAAGUUGUGACCCUAUCUGCUUGGUACCCUGUCAACUAGCCACUUUAUCACCUCCAUCUCAUCGGGUCGGUACCCAGUCGUCUGUCACCAAAUAUGUGUAAUCAACUUGACUCCUCGUCACCCUGUCAGCUUGCGGCUCUAUCAACUUGUCACCAAACUUGUCUUGUCGACUUGGUACUUGCCGCUUUGCCGACAAGCCAUCAGGAUUCCAUACUUAGUUUCUGGGAAUCUCAAUUUCAUACUCACGGCUAGUUACAUACGUCUUAUCAUCUAGCCUGUUGGGACUGGCUGAGGUCAUGAUGAUGACGGGCUGUCAAUCACUUAGGCAAGCAACAGGGGUGUUACGCACAAAAAUCCAAACCCUUAAGCCCUAUUUUAAUAAUUUAAUCUUUAAAGUUGAGCUGGUCUUCUAAAGACAUUAAUUAUUUUUCUUUGUAAUUAAUCGACGUGGUAUAAAAUUAUUUUUAAAUAUAAAAAUGAAGAAAAGAAUACAUUUCUAACAAUCUUCUAUACUAAAUAUUAUGGCUAUUCAAAAAUAACAUCUUGCCACAUAAACACUUGGUGAAUGCACAAGUUGCCAAGGUGGACAAUUUUUUUUCAAAGAAAAAACUAUUUAUUGAUCUAUUUAUGAAGUUGUCUCUCUCUUCUUUUAAUAAUUCUACUCAUUUUUACUAAUAUUAAAAUAAGUUAAUUUUUUAGAAAAAAUUUAAACAAAAAACACACACCUAAGUAAUAAAAAAAAUUCGAUUAAACGAACUAUAAAGAUGGAAAUAGAGAGUGACAUAUAUUGUAUUUGUUUAACCCAAGCUGAUUAAAUCUAAUUAAGUAAAUUUUCUACUCAUUCUUACUAAAACUUAAUAAUAAGUUACAUUUUGA